UUAGCAAAGAUUAAAAUAAUCCUUUGGAGAAACUAAAUGAAAUGUUUUCUUUUUAUUGGUUGAAAUUAGUAUUUGACUUGGUUUGUUGUAAAUGGCGAAUGCAUCUGGGACUGGGUUCUUCACACUUUCUGUUGAUUCUUCGAAAGUUGUUUGCUUUGGAAGCAUCGCUGACAGACAUGUGAGGAAAGGGUGCAAGUUAGUUUGGAUUUGCUUGCUGCGGGCAGAGAUAGUAGCUUGACUGGUUUAGCGGUAGAGGCUGCAAGGAAAGCUCUCGAGAUGGCAAAGGUAGACCCUGCUCCACAGAUUCCAAUACAACUUGGCUGCAAAAAAAAUCCAUUGUCUUAUGACAUUACAGCUGCAUGUAGUGGAUUUCUGCUGGGUUUAAUAUCAUCUUCUUGUCACAUUAGGGGGGGUGGUUUUAAUAAUGUUCUAGUCAUUGGAGCCGAUGCUAUUUCACGAUAUGUUGAUUGGACAGAUAGAGGCUCCUGUAUUCUUUUUGGGGAUGCUGCCGGUGCUGAACUAGUACAGGCCUGCAACAUUGAGGAAGAUGGUUUAUUUGUUUUUGAUUUGCAUAGUGAUGGCAGUGGCCAAAGGCACUUGAAUGCUGCCAUUAGAGAAAACGAGUCAAAUAAUCCAUUGGAUUCAAAUGGUUCUGUUUUUGGCUUUCCUCCCAACCGGUCCCCAUAUUCAUGCAUUCAAAUGAAUGGGAAAGAAGUCUUUUGCUUUGCUGUAAGAUGUGUACCACAAUCAAUUGAAUUUGCCCUUGGAAAGGCUGGUCUCCCGGCAUCUAGCAUUGAUUGGUUACUUCUACACCAGUUACACAAAAUGAUCUAGUAUAAAAUAAAAUUCUAGCAUUUUAUUGGGAUGCGCAAAAUUGUGUUUUUUUUUACGUUGGCUUAUGAUCUGUGCAAUAAAUAUUUUCUUCUUUUAGUUCAUUAAACCAUUAUCCUAAAGGGCACUGGUUAGCAUUACCCUUGUUUUUAUCCUUUACUUGCUAAAGUAGCUGGCAUCAGGUUAAUUUGUAUGCUCAUUUCCUAGUAAAAAGAAUGUGAAAGUGAAAUGUAAAUUAAAAAGGUGGAAAACCUGAUCUAUCCUUUAUAUCAAGCAAUUCAUUAGCUGCACAUGUGUGUUAUACUAUUACUUUGCUGAGUGGUAAGAUCAACUUUAUGAUUGAAAACAGAAUACCAUUUUAGUUACGAUGGGAAUUGCAUGACAUGCUUGAUAAUAUAUUGGAGAAAGGCAAAAUUAAGGUUGCAUACUUGCACUUAGGGUGCCUUAAUUCAUAUAAGUGCAGGCAAACAAGAGGAUUAUCGAUGCAGUUGCCGCUCGGUUAGAACUCCUCUCAGAACGGGUGAUAUCAAAUUUGGCUAAUAAUAGUAACACGAGUGCAGCUUCCAUUCCUUUGACUUUGGAUGAAGCAGUUCGAAGCGGUAAAGUUAAGCCAGGGCAAACUAUUGCAACUGCUGGCUUUGGCGCGGGUCUUACUUGGGGUUCGGCAAUUGUUCGUUGGGGCUAAAUGCUUUUCCUUCACUGCAGAAUCACUAAUAGAGAAGAAUUUCAGUUCCAAGUGCAGCUUUCUUACACAUAUGUGUAGAAAAUGGGGUUUGGGGAAUUUGCAAAGGGAUGGAUAUGAAUAACAUUCAGCACUGCCUCAACUUGUCCUAUUCUUUUUGUCUUCAAUUUACGUUCUCCUUACUCUUCUAUUCUCAAGUGCCAAAUUUUCUUUUUCUGAGGCAUGUAUUUUUGUCUUUCAGAUUUGUUUUAAACUAGGCUUACUAUUUGUGUUUCUGAAUGGUACUUGUAAAUAUAAAUGCAGCAUGCCCAAGUGUCUGCUUGCGUGUA